AUGAAGGAAAUGGAGGGCAUCAGUUACCUCUUUGGCUAUCCUCUGAAGCAUUCUCUCUCGCCACUCGUGCACAACACAACAUUCGAGAAUCUGGGGAUUCCCUUCAAAAUGACCGCGUUGGAGUCCCUCGACAUGCCAGCCUUUCUGCAGUUGACUCAAGAGCCGCGAUUCUUUGGAGCUGCAGUCACAAUGCCGCAUAAAGUAUCCAUUAUGCCUCACCUUGACGAGAUCGACUCGGAGGGAAGAGAUGUCGGUGCCUGCAACACGAUCUAUGUGACCGCGGUGGGCGGAAGGCGCAGGCUUUGGGGGACGAACACCGACUGUGUCGGUAUCAGGGAAGCUUUCGCUCAGAAUAUGCCAGAAACACUCUACCGGGGAAGGCCCGGUCUGGUUGUUGGCGGCGGUGGAGCCAGUCGAGCGGCGGUGUAUGCAUUGAAGAAGUGGAUGGGCUGUAGCACAAUCUACCUGGUCAACCGUGACAGACAGGAGGUAGAUGACCUGAUUGCACACUUUGAGCAGAGAGGCCUUGCUGAGGGGCUGCUAUUUGUGGAGGAACUUGGGCAAGCUGAUACUCUAGAAGGACCAGGGGCCAUUGUGUCGUGCGUGCCAAACUUCCCUCCCAAGACCGAGGCAGAGGGAAAAGCGAGAGGUGUGCUGGAAGCUUUUCUGUCGAAACAGCAUAAGGGUGCGCUCCUUGAAAUGUGCUAUCACCCAACCCCUUGGACAGAAAUCGCAAACAUUGCGCAAAAGGCGGGCUGGCACGUGUUGUUGGGGACGGAGGCUUUGAUAUACCAGGGUCUUGAGCAGGACAGAUACUGGACAUCCCGCCCAUUGGAAGACUUGCCCGUGGAGAAGGUUAAGGAAGCUGUUACAGCUGCUCUAGAGGAAUUCGCACGCUCUCAAGGCCUGUGA